AUGGCAGAAAGCAGUCGCUCAAAUCUGGUGUCCUACAACCUUACAGAAGGACAGUCAAGCAACAGACCUCAUCUUUUCCAUGGGAAAAACUAUACCUAUUGGAAGGAGAGAAUAAAGAUCUUUGUACAAGCAGUGGAUUACAGACUGUGGAAGAUUAUCCUGGAAGGUCUUCAAUUCCUAACUACCACAAGUGCUGAAGGAGUAGUCUCUCUCAAACCCGAAGCAAAUUGGACCGAAGAAGACAGAAAGAAGAUGGAACUUAAUGCCAAGGCUGUCAACUUACUCAACUGUGAUAUCAGCUUCGAGGAAUACCGACGGGUAUCACGAUGCACAACGGCAAAGGAAAUCUGGGACAAACUUCAAAUCACCCAUGAAGGAACCACAAUAGUGAAGAAGACCCGAAUAGACAUGUUGAACAGAGAGUAUAAAAUGUUUGCAAUGAAGGAAGGAGAAUCUAUUGAUGAACUAUUCGAACGGUUCAACACCAUCAUUGUUGGCUUGGAUGCUAUAGGAAUAACACAUUUUGAUUCUGUGCUUGUGAGAAGAAUGAAAAUGAUAAAGUCCAAGGAGAAAGGCAAAGGAAGCAGCUUUAGAAAACAAAGAAAGGAUCUCAGCAAGUUUACAUGCUACAACUGUAAAGAAAUUGGGCAUUUCAAGACAGAUUGCCCUAAGUUGAAGAAAGAAGAGAAGCCAAAAGGAAGAAAGAAAAAGGGGUUGAUGGCAUCAUGGGAGAACUUGGAAAAUGACUCAGACAGUGAUGAAGAAUCUGAGACCAAGUCACAACCAUGUCUCAUGGCAGAUAACAUUGAACAGGUAGUCUUUCAUAACCCUAACACUGAAGAUCUUCAUCUUAUGAUAGACCACCUUUCUGAAAAAAUAAGAUGUUUUUUGCUUGAUAACCAAGAUCUUGAACAACAAAUCACCAUCCUUAAACCUGAAAAUGAUUUUCUCAAAGAGAAGCUAAGGGAGGCCGAAACUGCUACUGAACUUGUUGAAGAAAAUAAGCAGUUAAAAGCUCAACUUAAAAGCUGUGAAAGUAACCAUUCUGUUGUUGCAUAUGUAAACUGUUUUAAAGAGAAUGAAGAGUUGCUGAAAAAGAUCAAAAAUCUUGAAAAUGACCUAGUCAAAUUCACUCAAAGUUCUGAAAAUUUAAAUCAAAUUUUGGCUAGUCAAAAACCACUUUUUGAUAAAGCUAGCUUGGGGUUUCAAAAGACUUUCAAAUCUGUUGAAAAAUCUUGUUUUGGAAAUAUUGUUUCAUCUUCUAAUGACACAAGUACUGUGAUAGAUGAUGACACAGAUUGUGAAGAAGUUGUCAAGGAAACCAGGGAUAAAAAUCCCAAGUCUGCCCAAAUUGAAGAAUUUGCUAGUCCAAUUUUGUCUCGUCAGAUUGGAGGAGAUAUUUACAUUUUGUCUCCUGAGCCAGCACGAGAACCUGAGACAGAAAGCAGGAGACAAAUUUCAGGAUGUGUUGAACGGGUCAUGAUGCAGGGGGAGAUUGAACUGAAUACUGUGCCUGCUGAUGUUUGA